GAAACUUUUCAUCAUCUCCGAUGGAGCCAAAAUUUCACCAUUUUUUGGCUUUGGGAUGUGAUGGAAUAAAUCAAAAUGGAUCUCUAAACUGUCUGCGCUUCUUUAAUUAAUGAAGUAGCAGUUAGUCAAGCAAUGCAACUUUCGACGUUGAGCCGGGGGUCUCUUUGGAAACAGCCUCUCUACUUUCGAGUAGGGGUAAGAGAGGAAUCAAAGAAUGUCAUUAGAUUGGAACACGCGUUUUCAUAUUGUGUCGGGAAUCGCUCGAGGUCUUCUCUAUCUUCAUCAAGAUUCAAGGCUGAAAAUAAUUCAUAGAGACCUUAAAGCUAGCAACAUCCUCUUAGAUGCUACAAUGAAUCCCAAGAUUUCCGAUUUUGGCAUGGCUAGAAUAUUUGGAGAGGAUCAAAUCCAAGCAAGAACUAGACGCAUUGUCGGAACAUACGGAUAUAUGUCUCCAGAAUACGCAAUGGUAGGACAAUAUUCAACAAAGUCAGAUGUUUUUAGCUUUGGUAUUCUAUUGUUAGAGAUCAUUAGUGGAAAGAGAAAUACAGGCGGUCAAGCAUCUGCAAAUUUGAUUGGACGGGUAUGGGAAUUGUGGAGAGAAGGAAAAGCCUUGGAAACAGUGGAUUCAAGAUUGGGUGAAUCAUAUCCUAUUGACUUGGCCUUAAGGUGCAUACAAGUAGGACUGUUGUGUGUGCAAGAAAGUGCCUUGUAUAGGCCAUCCAUGUUACAAGUCAUUUUCAUGCUUGGCAAUGAAGUAUCCCUUCCUUCGCCCCGAAAACCUGCCUUCCUAUUCAAUUCUGACAUAGAGAAUUCGGAUUCUUCAGCGGACCGAGAUCCUUCAGUAAAUGACGUUUCAAAUACUACAAUUAGCGCUCGAUGAACAAACAGGAUUCAGUAAAUACAAGAGAAAUGU